UCGCGUGAUAUGUGCAACCCUGGCUUAGUAAUAUAUUUUGUCCUUUAUUAAGCAGAAUACAAGGAAAGUUCAUCUAAAACAGAUUUCCUCACCAGCGCGAAGUCUAGGGCAUUGUCUUCUUUCUUUCUUCUGUAACUCUAGGGUUUCUUGCUUGGCAAACUUUUCCUUGUUAUCUAUCCAUUCUCGUUUAUCUGGUUUUUUAUUUAUAUUUAGUUUCUUUCUCUCCAGUGUUUUCUUGCUUAUUCCGAUCUCUAUUCACAGAGAAGAUCUAGGGUUUUCAGCGCGAAAAAACCUAGAUUUUAAAGAUCCUUCAUGGCCGCCAGUAGAAACGGUGGUCACAGAGAUUCAGACUACAGGCCCCGUGACCUUGAAGUUUCACGACGACGAGAUCCUCUUAGUUACACGAAAGAGGAUAAAUUCCGGCAAAAAACCAGAGAUUCAGGCAGGGAUUCCGGCCAAAAUCGGAUGGAAAAAGCGAGGGUCAGUUGUAGAGACAAUGAUCGAGAGCCUGGAGAGCUAUCGAGUGGGAGUGCUUCUUCCGAAGAGCGAAUUCAAGUUGCAGAGAAUGGAGCCUCUUCUAAUGGACGGAAAAGGAAGUUUUCCCCCAUCACUUGGGAUGAGGUGGUGAAGCCUGCUGGAAAUUUUCACCGGAAAAUUCCCACGGCUGUUGCUUUAUCAGAAUCUGGCCUCUUUUCUGGCGAUUCAGAGGUUCUCCCCCCACCUCCCCCUUUGCCUCAUGGUCUUCCAUUAAAGGUACCUUCUGGAACCCUUGCUUUUCAGCCUGAUUCUUCUGAAUUGAUGAUUAAAAAAUCUUCUCCUGGUUUUCGAGUGGUUAGGGCACAUGAUUCUCAUACUGAGCACUCAGUUAGGGUUACAGACAGUCUCUAUGAGAGAGAAAUUAGGGUUUCUGAUGGUGUUGAUAGGGAAGAUAGUCAGAGCGACAGAGAAAUUAGGGUUUUAGAGGGUAGCGAUAGGACAGAUAGUUUUCAAAUAGAGAGAGAAAGUAGGGUUUCAAAUGGUGAUGUGGCUUUCGAUAGGGAGCCAGGACAGCUAGUUGAAAGCCCUGUGCACAAAUACGAGGAAGAAGAAGAAUACAUGCCUGCAAGGAACAUUUCAGCCUCAAGGUGGGCUGACAAUAGUUAUCUCUUUCCUCAUGGUGAAGUUUCAGAGGAUGAAGGCGAGAUUCGAUGGGGAAAUAAACCAGCAAGCCCAGAGGCCGGUGAACUUGUUGGUGAUGGCUCUGAUGGUUCUCAACCCAAGUCUGCAAGUAUAGAGAGAGAAACUCGAAACUCUCAGCGCUCAACAAGUGGAGAUGAAGAGGAGAGAGAUAGGAAUGAUGACCCAAUGGAAAUUGAUGAAAACCACACUGAACAUGGCUCUGGUUUGGACACAGAGUCUGAGGAUGAGGAGAGACCCACAACCCCUUUAAGACCCAUACCCCCACCUACAAGAACAAUCAACAUGUUACAGGGAUGUCGGAGUGUAGAUGAGUUUCAGAGGCUUAAUAGAAUUGAUGAGGGUACAUAUGGGGUUGUGUAUAGAGCGAAGGAUAAGAAGACGGGUGAGAUUGUGGCUCUAAAGAAGGUGAAGAUGGAGAAGGAAAGAGAAGGCUUUCCGCUGACUUCUUUGAGAGAGAUAAAUAUUUUAUUAUCAUUUCAUCAUCCUUCAAUAGUUGAUGUUAAAGAAGUGGUUGUUGGGAGCAACCUUGAUAGUAUAUUUAUGGUGAUGGAGUAUAUGGAUCACGAUCUCAAGGGGCUAAUGGAGACUAAGAAAGAGCCAUUUAGUCAGAGCGAGGUGAAGUGUCUGAUGUUGCAACUUCUCGAAGGUGUGAAGUAUCUGCAUGAUAAUUGGGUGCUGCACAGGGAUCUGAAGACAUCCAAUCUUCUUCUCAAUAAUAAAGGGGAUCUGAAGAUCUGCGAUUUUGGUCUGGCUCGUCAAUAUGGCAGUCCAUUGAAGCCUUACACACAGCUUGUUGUCACUCUAUGGUAUAGGGCACCCGAACUCCUUUUAGGUGCAAAAGAGUACUCAACCGCGAUUGACAUGUGGUCAUUGGGAUGCAUAAUGGCUGAACUUUUAAGCAAGGAACCAUUAUUCAAUGGGAAAAGUGAAAUUGACCAACUUGACAAGAUAUUUCGGGUUCUUGGGACACCAAAUGCAAAGAGAUGGCCAGGAUUCGCCCAAUUGCCUGGUGUCAAGUGCAACUUUGUCCAGCAGCCGUACAACAAGCUUCGUGACAAGUUCCCGCCUACAUCUUUCACUGGCAGGCCAAUGCUUUCAGAGGCUGGACUGGAUUUGUUAAACAGGCUUCUUGAAUAUGACCCCGAAAAGCGGAUUACUGCUGAGGCUGCUCUCCAACAUGAGUGGUUCCGUGAGGUUCCUUUGCCGCAAACGAAGGAGUUCAUGCCGACAUAUCCACCUCAACAUGCUCAUGAUAGGCGUCUGAGGAGAGUGAUGAAGAGCCCUGACCCUUUGGAAGAGCAACGAAGAAAAGAACUGCAGCAGAGGGAACUGGGGACACGCGUUGCCUCUGGGGUGAGAUGUGUGCAGUGCACGACAACAUGCAGAUAGUGAGAACUUCUGCAAGGUGAGGAGAUUCAUGCUGUUGUUUAGCGGACUCCACAGAUGGGGGUUCUAUGUGGAGUGAGAUAUUCACUUGGUUUUUCCAGCAAGUGGCUUAUGUUACAGGACCUGUUUUGUUCUUCAGCUCCCGUUAUCAUAAAAAAUUCGUCCCGGAUGCAGCUUGCACUGCAGGGUGUGGCAUAAUGGUCUUCCAUUGGUAAAAUCGGUUUCAUUGGAAAUGUGUAUGUAACAUAUUUUAAUUUCAGAACAUUGUAAAACAUUGCUCUUAUAACUUGCCAUUAACUACCAAAGUAGAAUGGAUAUUUUCGAUAGUAUUUGCAUCACCUGUACUUUUGAUCUUCACGCUGUGUUUGCAAGAGGCGGUUGGUGUGGAAUGGAGGAGACAUUAGCUUUUGAUAUCAGACGAUUUCGAAGGCAAAACAUGUAAAAAAGUUGUAAUUUGUGGCAUCAGCAAACGUUUCUAAAGAUUUUAGAUGGAUUCUAAAUCGAACCAUAUCAACUAUUCAGUUUUUGAGGAAUAUGUUCCUGCAUGAACAUCUACCUUCAUGCUGCUUAGAUAUUUUACUGUGUAAGAAGGAAGCAGGGUCAAGGAGAUGUGGAAUUGCCAGUAAACUUCUCAGGAAGCAGAAUUGAUUGUGCAUUUGCAUGUUCCGGUCAUUGAUAUUAAGUUCAACUGAGCUGUUUCAAUCCCUUGAAAUGCAUGUCAGCAGGGAUGGGUAUAGAAUCCCUUUCUCCCUUUAUUUCUUUGCACUACAAUGGCAUGGCAUGCUCUCUCCCUCUCUCGGUGUGUGUUACCUCGUAAAGACGGGGAAGGGCUUUGCUUCGAUGCUAAUUCAGGAAAGUUCUUGGUGCAUUCCUUUGGGUAGUGUCGCCUGUAAGUGAAAUUAUAUAUUUAAGACUAAUAUCUGGGAUGGGGCAUCUUCUUCUUUCUUUUUUGGAAAGGAUAAGUUUGGACGCGAGCCCCCCAACAAUGGCCAGAGUCAAGAAAUGCUCCAUGUCGCAGGACAAAUUGGAACUUAAGGUUUGAGCUGCUUUUCUUCUUGACGUGUUCAGGGGAAGCUGUCUCUAUAUGUUCAUGGCGGUUUUCUUGUUACUCGUCAGCAAUAUCUUUCUACCGUUCUACCUGAUGUUACAUUACUCGCAGCAGCUUGGAGUAUACUCUCUCUCUCUCUCAAACACACACAAUAACACAUGCAGACACACACAAGCUGAUCCUGGCGUUAGUUUGUUCUGGUUUUAUUUCUUUUCAUGCAUAUCUUAUUUUUAUUGGUUUUCUUUCUUGACAUUUUAUUAUUUUGGUUCUUCAUUAGGGAGCCUCUCGUACAAAAUGACAAGGAAAUAUGAAGUCUUCGUAUGUUGUACAUUUCUGUUUUGAGGAGAGAACUGAGAUGCACGGUCUAAAUUUAGCGGUCUUGGUGUUCGUACAUCUAUUUAUCUUUAGUGGUUAAGAAUAGCUUGUGUAUUGAGGAGGUAUACAAUUGCAGUCGUAUAUGCGGUCAAAAGCGCACACACAACACAAUUAUCGGGGAUAUAUCAGACUUGUCGGUUGGACCGCUGAUUGGUGCCCAUGCAUGUCUUGUAUAAAUAAUUAGUUAUUUCUUGUAUAUUUCUUGGAGGUUAAGAGGUGGGAUUCAAAUA